GCGAGCGCCCGUACAAGAUCCUGUGCCAGGAGACGAAGUUGGCGAAGAUGGAUCAGUAGCACAGGUGUGUACCGUCAUCAACGCCGAGCUUGACGCCACAGACACCGACGUUCGACUAGAUGAGGUACGCCGUGCCGCCCAGUACGACCCUGAGUACCAGCUUCUGGCACGCACCGUUAAAGAAGGAUUCCCCUCAGCCAAACACGAUCUGCCGGAGCCCAUACGUAAGUACUGGCCCGUACAUGACCGCCUGACGAUCGAUGAGGGUCUGGUCGUAUGUGGAUGUCGCCUUGUCAUCCCACAGGCCCUUAGAAGGACGACGCUGACAGCACUCCAUGACGGUCAUCUCGGGAAGGAGCGGACGAAGAGCAGGGCCCGCCUUACCGUCUACUGGCCCGGGAUGGACGCAGACAUCGAGAACGUGACGCGAGGCUGCGAGCGAUGCCAGCGGGAGCUUCCGUCUCAGCAACGGGAGACCAUCGUCCACCAUCAGCCUACGCAAAGACCGUUUCAGUGCCUCGAUCUAGACGUCGCUGAGCAUGCUGGCCGUAAGUACCUCAUCGCUGUCGACGGCUUCUCUGGAUGGCGUUUUAUCAAGCCGCUAGGGACCAGUGCUCAUACGCAGAAGUUGAUGUCCGCGAUGCGUGAAAUCUUCUGUCAAGUUGGCGUGCCGGAAGCGAUCAUGUCUGAUGGAGGGCCCCAGUUCACUUCGGGUGCAUUCCGGGUGUUCCUUCAGCAGUGGGGCAUCAAACACCGCAUGUCUUCCCCCCACUACCCCCAGUCGAAUGGGAGGGCUGAGGCGGCAGUGAAGUCGGCCAAGAAAUUGAUUCGGUGCUGCUGGGAUGAUUCCAGGUGCUGCCUCGACGAGGAGAGAUGGACCAGAGGCGUGCUCCAGCAUCGGAACACACCCGGACCGGGAGGCCGCUCGCCCGCCCAGAUCGUCUUCGGUCGGCCAGUCCGAGACGUGCUCCCCGCUCACAGACGCAGCUUCGCUCCGGAGUGGCAACUCACCGCUGAGCGAGCCGAGGCAAAGCUGUCUGAGCAACAGCAACGCGCUGAUGACAUCUACAAUAGGCAGGCGAGGGAUCUGACACCCCUGACUGUCGGAAACCAAGUCGCCAUUCAAGAUGAUCGGACCAAACGCUGGGACCGGCACGGCAUCAUCUGUGACGUUGGCCCCCAUCGGAGGUACUUCGUUCGUCUGAGCAACGGACGGGUGCUGACGCGGAACCGCCGGCACCUACGACGACGCUACGGACACGCCAUGCCGGAGGAACUAACGCGAGAGCUCCCUUCAGCAGCGCCGACGUCCGGUGGCCCUGCCGUCGUACCGGCUCCGGAGAACGGUGGUACCUUGCGAAGGUCCACCCGCACCCGGCGUCGGCCUGUGAGGCUGAUUGAAGAAAUAUGAAUCGUUCGCACGGCUCGGGGGAAGGGGAGAUGUUGUGAUGUUAUUUGGUCCCGCUCCACUGUGCGGCUCGGUUCGCCCUGCCUGGUCCCGGCGUCCCGGCCGGCCAGUCACGUGACCGCCCGAGGACUCGGGUCACCGGCCGCGGUGGCCGGCGCGGCGGCGGGGAGUUGGACACAGGACGCGGUCACGGACGGACGCGCGCUGCGUCAUGCUUUGUUUGGCUUGCAUUAUCAGUAUAAUAUAACUUACG